UCAACCCCGUUUCCCUCUCUAUUUGUCGCCUCUUCCUCUUCUCUCUACUCUCUCUGCGUUUGCGCUGGCAGCCAUAGCCGAAUCUCGCCUGUGCAUCUCUCUCUUCGCAGAUUUAUCUCUCUCUCCUCUAUCUGCUCUUCUCAUCUCAUGUCUCUCUCUCUCCCCCCUCUCUCCGCCGCUCUCUCUCACCUGCUCCAAUUCACUCUCUCCCUACCUCAGGCGCUGCUCUCUCUCUCUCUCUCUCUCUCUCCGCGCCAUCGCGACGGAUCUCCAGAGCCCGAUCCUUGCCUAGGGUCUCUCCAGAGGAGAACUUCUCCGAGGGUUUCUUUUUUUGGUAGCUUCAGAUUUUGUGUUCCUAAGGAAAAUGUUGCCGCUUCAUCCGAAUCUUACUCUUGGGUUGCAGAUGAGAAAGCAUGUAGCAGUAACAAGCAGAAUUCUUCUUUGAUUAAAGGUGUAGAACUUCAGAAUAGUUUUUGUUCCACAAUGAGAUUGAAGAUCCCGUCAGUUCCAUUUUUGUUGUUGUUUACAUAA